UUCAGUUUCAGUUUUCUUCAACAGAGAAGAGCUUUAGCAUUGCACAAGAUGACCCGCUUAGGUGCUUCCUGUCCAAAUUCAUUCCUGUCCUUGUCUUCUUCAUGUUCUCAUGCUCAUUGCCAUUAGCAACAAGUGAUGAUACUGAUACAGAUCGGCAAGCCCUCCUCUGCUUCAAGUAUCAAAUCUAUGAUCCUACUGGAGCCUUAAGCUCUUGGAGCAACACAUCCCUUAACUUCUGCAAUUGGAGCGGAGUUUCAUGCAGCACACGGACUCCAUUGCGAGUAACAGCACUAAACCUCAGCUCUCUAGGCCUUGGUGGCUCAAUACCACCUUGCAUAGGCAACCUGAGCUCCAUUGCAAGCCUUGAUUUGUUGAGCAAUUUCUUUCGCGGAAGUAUCCCGACUGAGCUCGGACGACUGAGCCAAAUCAUCUACCUCAACCUGAGCAUCAACUCUAUUGGUAACAUACCAUCAUUGUUGGGCAGCAGCCCAUCCCUUGUCAACGUCGAUCUUGGGGCCAAUCAGCUAACAGGAGGAAUACCAGAGUUCUUGGCUAAUAGCUCAUCUCUUCAAGUUCUUAGGCUCAUGCAAAAUAGCCUUACUGGAAAGAUCCCUCCAUCAUUCUUGAAUAGCACAACUCUGACUACAAUUUACCUCCAGAGUAACAAUUUAGUUGGUUCCAUACCACCAGUUACAGCAACUGCUGCACCUAUUAAAAUACUGAGUCUAGCCCAAAAUAGACUUACUGGUGAGAUACCGGCCUCAUUGGGCAACCUUUCAUCCCUGAUUCGUCUAUCACUUGCUGUAAACAAUUUGGUAGGAAGCAUCCCAGAGAGCCUAAGUAGCAUUCCUUCUUUGGAGAGGCUGAUUCUCUCGAUCAACCACCUCUCUGGAUCAGUACCCCAGUCAAUUUUCAACAUUUCAUCUUUGAAAUUUCUCGAAAUGGCCAAUAACUCACUCACCGCACAACUUCCACCAAACAUUGGUUACAUGCUUCCAAACCUUCAGAGCUUAAUCUUAUCAACAACACGCAUGAGUGGACACAUCCCGGCUUCUCUUCUCAAUGCAUCCAAGCUAGAAAUGAUUUAUCUUUCAGGUACUGGACUCACGGGAGAAGUGCCAUCCUUUGGGUCCUUGUCAAACCUGCGGGAGCUUGACCUUUCAUAUAACCACCUUGAAGCAGGUGACUGGAGCUUUCUCUCAUCCCUUUCAAACUGCACUCAAUUGAAAAGAUUGUUCUUGGAUGGGAAUGGUAUGCACGGAAGAUUGCCGAGUUCUAUUGGCAAUCUCCCCUCGUAUCUCGAGUGGCUGUGGCUCAAUGAAAACAAAUUUUCUGGAACAAUUCCAUUGGAGAUAGGAAAUCUUAGGAGCCUCAGAAUGCUGCAUAUGGAUUUGAACCUGUUCACUGGCAGUAUCCCACCUACCAUAGGAAAUCUAAGCAAUUUGUUGGUUCUAAGCUUUGCACAAAAUGACCUCUCUGGAAAUGUUCCUGACUCCAUUGGAAAACUUGCACAAAUAAAUGAGUUUUAUCUAGAUGGGAACAACUUCAUUGGGGGCAUACCUGCAAGUUUGGGACAAUGGAGACAGUUAGAGCAGCUGGAUCUGUCUCAUAAUUUGUUUGAUGGAAGCAUACCAAGUGAACUCUUCAAUAUUUCAUCACUUUCACUAAACUUAGACUUGUCACACAAUUUCUUUACUGGGCAGAUACCAGUGAAGAUUGGCAGCCUCAUUAAUCUUGGAAGCAUUAGUAUUUCCAACAACCGCUUGACUGGUGGCAUUCCAUCCACCCUAGGGAUGUGCGUGCUUUUGGAAAACAUCAGGGACAUGGAUCUCUCUUGCAACAAGUUGUCAGGGAAAAUUCCGGAGUUCCUGGCCUCGUUAAUUUCUUUGCAGGGACUCAACCUUUCAUUCAAUGAUUUCGAAGGACCAAUACCAUCAAGUGUUAUCCUUGGCAAUUCUAGCAGGGUUUCCCUGCAAGGAAACCCCAGGUUAUGUGCAAAUGCUCUAGGGUCAAGCCUGCCCCUUUGUCCAGGAUUGGGAAUGAAGGGAAAAAACAAGUCUAUUCUUUUGAAGAUUGUGAUCCCAAUUGUAGUGUCUGCUGUAACAAUUUCGUUAUUAUGUUUAGUUGCUAUUCUUGUCAGGAGAAGGAAAGAGCAUAAUUUGCAACAUUCCAGUGUGCACCUAGAGAAAAUAACAUAUGAAGACAUUGCCAAGGCCACUAAUGGGUUCUCUCCAGUUAACAUGGUUGGCUUGGGAUCCUUUGGAGCUGUUUACAAAGGAAUUUUGCCGUUCGGGAAUGAUCCAGUUGCCAUUAAGGUUUUCAACCUCAACCAGUAUGGAGCACCCAAAAGUUUCAUUGCAGAGUGCCAAGCAUUAAGAAAUACUCGCCAUCGGAAUCUUGUCAAAAUCAUUACUUCAUGCUCCAUGAUUGAUAAAACUGGCUUCGAUUUCAAGGCACUUAUUUUUCAGUAUAUGCCUAAUGGGAGCCUCGAAAGGUGGGUACACCCAGACAAACAUGGGUAUGAUAGCCAAAGAUUCCUAAGUUUGGGAGAAAGGAUCAACAUAGCCCUGGACAUUGCAUAUGCUUUAGACUAUCUCCAUAACCAAUGUACAACUCCAGUAGUACAUUGUGACCUGAAGCCAACAGUGCAUCCGAACGGGCUGAAUGUCCUUUUAGAUCUUGACAUGACUGCAAAUGUCAGCGACUUUGGGUUAGCAAGAUUUAUGUGUGCUACUUCAACUGCAGCACCAGCUAACUCUACAAGUUUUUCGAAGCUAAAAGGAUCAAUUGGAUAUAUUGCACCAGAGUAUGGCAUGGGCGGACAGAUAUCAAUGAAGGGUGAUGUGUACAGCUAUGGGGUUAUUCUGUUAGAGAUGUUUACUGGAAAGUGCCCUACUGAUGAGAAAUUCAUAGAUGGCAUGAGCCUACACAAACACGUCGCUACAGAAUUUCCCCAUGGGGUAGCUGAGAUUUUAGACCCCAUUAUGCUACAGAAUGACCUGGACAGAGGAAAUUCAGAAAUGGUGCAGAGCUGCGCUCUCCCAAUGCUAAAGUUGGGCCUCUUAUGCUCCAUGACAUCACCGCAAGAUCGACUAGGAAUGACGCAAGUUUGUGCUGCAAUACUUGACAUCAAGCACGCAUUCCUCGAGCUUCGCAGUGCGGAGAGUCAAGUGUGAUAGAUUAGUAAAGCCAUAUGUACAUCACAGAACCAAAGCUCAGCACUGAAGUCUA